AUGAGUUUGAAGGUGGAUUCAAUGUCUUCCAAGACUAAUAAGACUCAGGAUGUGUCUUUGAAAGGAUCUGCAAAGGUACUAAACGAGUUAAUUGAGACCUCUAAAAAUCUACCUACUACUUCUUCAGAAUUAGGUUCGAUCCAGUUGAGUGUGAAUGAAAUUAGGAAGAGAACUCAUGAUUUAAGACAAAAGAAAGAUAUUAGCUCAGAUCAUACAAAGGCUCACUACCUCUUAGCUGGAAGUGGAUUAGCUAUUGAAGAUGUGGACCUUUCAUUGAAAAAUUUACAAUCCAAGCAAUUGUUAGAACAGCCGGUUUCUAAGAAGCAAGUCGAAGGUGAACUGGAUACUUAUUUGGAGACUAAGAAGGAUGAAAACAUCCUUUCCUCUAUUGAAAAUCUUUUAUCAGUGGCGGCCAAAGAUUUCGACAAUUUUGUAAACCAAAAUUUAAGUUUAGAUUGGGAUCAACGUAAAGAAGAAGUUCGUGAAAAUUUUGGUAUUCUCAUUCAAGGUAAGAACCAUACAGAUUCUACAAAGAAUGUGGCACCUUUGAAUCCCAAGUUACCCACUUGGGGUAAUCAAGGCUCUAGUAUCUUGAACAGUGGAGAGACGAGGUUAAACGUCAACGAAAAUUAUGCCGUUAGAGAAAAAUUCGAAAAAUAUGCCAAGAUAAUUUACCGUUUCAACAAUGCUAGACAAGCCAAUCAAGACUUUCCGCUUUUGAAGGAAUUGUCACAGGCGCUUGCCAAUGGAGGAGACUUGAAAAAUCGGCAAUUAUUGGAAAGUUCUAAAAUUUUAGAGGGUUUAAAAUCAAAUUCUGAUGUGGUGCAAAAUGCUAAGAGCUAUUUGCAAAAUCAAUUUUUAGAAUAUGUGGAUCAUCUUUACAAAAAGAAUCUAAGCGAAGGAUUACCAACAAACAUUAACAAGAUAAAAUCCUUUAUCGAUUCUAAGCUGAAGAACCCAAAUAAUACAUGGAAGUUUAACAACUUGACCUUUAUUAAUGGUACACCUAUCUGGGCUCUGAUAUUCUAUCUCUUGAGGGCUGGACUGUUACAAGAGGCAUUAGAAGUCGCCGUAAAUAAUAAGGCAAGCUUCAAGAAAGUCGAGCAAUCGUUUUUGACUUAUCUGAAGGCUUAUGUGUCCUCUAAAGAUCAUACUCUUCCUGUGGAGUUUUCUGCUAGGUUGCAUACCGAAUACAGCCAGCACAUCAAAAGCUCUCUAGACGGAGAUCCAUUCAGAUUGGCAGUUUACAAAAUUAUUGGAAGAUGCGAUUUGACAAGAAGAAACAUUUCUUUUAUCACUCUUAGCGUUGAAGACUGGCUAUGGAUCCAUUUUAUGCUGAUCAAAGAUGAUAUUGCGGACAGCGAUCCAGUCUACGAAAGGUACAGUCUGAGCGACUUUCAAAACAUUAUUGUAUCAUAUGGUCAUACAAGAUUCACUAAUUACUAUUCGCAAGUAUUAAUCUUGAGUGGUCUUUAUGAAUUAGCGGUUGAGUAUGCCUACUCCAUCAGUGAGAUUGAUGCUGUUCACCUAGCAAUUGUCAUGGCUAACCAGGGUCUGUUAAAAGUCGAUAAUGAUCGCUCUAGCAGUAGUGGAACUGAUUUCAUCACAGUUAAGAGCAACCAGAGGAAAAUUAAUUUCGCCAAAGUUUUGGGCAAUUACACAAGGUCGUUCAAAUAUUCCGAUCCAAGGAUUGCAGCCGAAUAUUUGAUAUUAAUAGCGUUGGUUGCCACACCAGAACAAGUAGAAUUAUGCCACGAAGCACUAAGAGAACUUGUUCUAGAAACAAAAGAAUUCACGAUUUUACUGGGCAAAAUCAACAGAGAUGGUACAAGAAUACCUGGUGUUUUAGAAGAACGUCAAUCCCUAUUACAUCUAAAAGAUGAGAAAGAAUUUCUGCGUAAGAUUACUGAACAUGCAGCCUUGAAAGCCGAUGAAGACGGUAGAGUUUAUGAUUGUUUGUUGUUAUACCAACUAUCCGAAGAGUACAACAUUGUGAUCACCAUUGUCAACAGUUUACUAAGCGAUCUACUCAGUAACACCGAUUUGGAUCAACCGCUGGUAACUAUGGAUGAAAACAAUGAGACAAACCCCGUACUAAUAGCGAAGAAAAUUGUUUGCAUUUACAUUGAGAAUCUAGAAAUUUCGCAAAAAGUUCAAACAAAGAACAAGGAAACAUGUAUUAUAUUAUUAAAGCUUGCUGACGCCAGAAGAGCAUAUCAAGCAAAGCAAUGGGAGACUACUUUGGCGCAAAUUGAAGAACUAGAUUUAUUGCCCUUCUCAGAUGAAGUUUCAGCAAGGAGGAAAGCUCAAGAUUUUACUGCCCUCAACGAAAAUAUUGUCAAGAAUAUCCCCACUUUACUCGUCAUGGUAAUGAGUUGUAUUUCACAGUUAAUCGCUGGGCUUAACCAAAGUGACUACCAAUCCGUCACAAAGGCACAACAGGUGGAAGCACUAAAAAAUGUUUCGAGGAAUUGCAUGAUGUACGCCGGUAUGGUUCAAUACAAGAUGCCCAGGGAGACCUACAGCGCAUUGAUAAGAUUAGAUAUUGAUUGUAAAGUAUGA